GUUUCCGUUGAGGAAAAAAAAAGGACCGUACAAAAAAUUAAAAAAACACAUACACACACACAGAAACAGAAUCCAACGAUGGAACCUGUCGACCUCAACGAAAUCCAUGAAACCAACAGCAACACCGUCGACCAUGGCUGGCAGAAGGUGACCUACGCGAAGCGACAGCAGCGAAAGGCCAAGCCGAACGCGGAUGCGGAGAAGGCCGCCGCUCACCAGAACGGAACCCUAGUUAACGGCGGUAGAAAUGUUUUCUCGUCGAUUGAGAAGCAGUCGGAGGAUCGUCGCCAGCGGAUCCUGGAAGCUCAGAGGCUCGCGGCUGUCAAUGCGGAAGUUAAUGAGAAGCCGAAGCGCAGAUGGGGGGACGAUGAGGAUGAGGACGAGGAUAGUGAUCUUGAGGAGCCGAAGGAGAAUGGAAAGGCGGAGGAAGUAAAGAAGCCGAAGCAGAAGAAGCCGAAGAAGCCUAAGGUCACUGUUGCGGAGGCCGCCGCCAAGAUUGACCCCUCCGAUCUCGCUGCAUUUCUCGCUGAUAUAUCUGGAUCAUAUGAGGAUCAGCAGGAUAUACAGAUGAUGAGGUUUGCUGAUUAUUUCGGAAGGGCAUUUUCUGGAGUGAGUGCAUCCCAGUUUCCCUGGGUGAAGGUGUUCAGGGAGAGUACGGUCGCCAAGCUUGCUGACAUUCCUCUUUCUCAAAUUUCUGACACUGUUUAUAAGACAUCAGCUGAUUGGAUUAACCAACGCACAAUUGAGGCACUCAGUUCCUUUAUAUUAUGGUCACUAGGUUGCAUCUUUGAUGACUUAGCAGCCCAGCAUGCCAGUGCCAAGGGAGCCAAGAAGGCACCGCAACAAGGGUCGUCAAAGUCUCAGGUUGGAAUAUUUGUGGCUUUAGCUAUGGUACUGCGACGUAAACCUGAUGCCUUAAUUAGUGUACUGCCAACAAUAAGAGAAAAUUCAAAGUAUCAAGGACAAGAUAAGCUUCCAGUUACCAUAUGGAUGAUAACUCAGGCUUCUCAAGGAGAUUUGGCUGUAGGGCUGUACUCCUGGUCUCAUUACCUCUUACCAGUAGUCAGUAGCAAAAACUGUAAUCCUCAGUCCAGGGAUCUAAUAUUACAGUUAGUGGAAAGGAUCCUGGCUGCACCAAAAGCCCAAACGAUUUUAGUAAAUGCUGCCGUUAGAAAGGGAGAGCGAUUGGUUCCCCCUCCUGCAUUUGAGAUGCUACUCCGAGUUACCUUCCCAGCAUCUUCAGCUAGGGUAAAGGCUACUGAAAGGUUUGAGGCCAUAUACCCAACACUAAAGGAGGUUGCUCUUACUGGUUCUCAUGGAAGCAAAGCAAUGAAACAAGUAUCACAACAGAUACUGAAUUUUGUGAUCAAAGCUGCAGGGGAAAGCUCUCCUGAGUUAUCCAAGGAAGCUGCUGGAAUUGUCAUUUGGUGUUUGUCAGAGAAUGAUGACUGUUAUAGACAAUGGGAAAAGGUUUAUCAGGACAAUAUAGAAGCUAGUGUUGCUGUUUUGAAAAGGCUCUCUGAGGACUGGAAGGAAUACUCUGUGAAAUUGGUUCCUGUGGACCACCUGAGUGAAACUGUCAAGGAUUUUAGGCAGAAGAACGAGAAAGCAAUGGCUUGUGGAUCAGAUGCUGCUAAGGAAGCACUGUUCCGAGAUGCAGACAAGUAUUGUAAGGUGAUAUUGGGAAGGUUAUCACGUGGCCAUGGUUGCAUGAAAUUUGUGGCCUUUGUUGCUGUAGCAGUAGCUGUUGGUGCUGCUGUGAUGUCCCCAAACAUUGAGGGUUGGGACUGGAAUAAACUCACUUUAGCUUUCAGCUCUCAAUAAUCUUCAUGAGCAGGCAGCCUGUUGUUAGUUUGGCAACAAAAUGUUGCAAGUAAAAGCACCAUCUAAGUUUUAGAUAGUAGCUUUUAUCCGUUUUUAAUUUAUGAUCUUGAGUUUCUAACUGGAAAGAGAAAGGGAAAUCUUUUGUUCUAGUUAUGUUGGAAAAUGAUCUGGUGACUGGCAUACGUUGUGAGAAUACAGGUUUAAUUUCUUUUAAGUUAGCAGAGCUAAAAUAAGGAAAAUGAGGAAAUCAAGUUGAGGGGUCUACUGUACUAAGAAUGACAUGUUGAGUUUUGUAGUAGAUUACCAUCAAAUUUAACAGGGGAUUUGGUUGGUGA